GGUGGCCAGUCGUGUCAAAUAGCAGUUUUUUUUUUAACAGCGUCAAAUAGCAGUUCUGAUAGCAUAUUGAGAUUGCAAUCGACAUGAAAACAUAGAGCUUCGUUUGGUUCGUUGCUACAUUUUUCAUUCAUUCGUUCCUCUCGCUUCGGACACAACCAUACCCUAGCACUAGCACUGGAAAAUGGAAGAAGACGACAGAAGAAUCCUCGAGAGGGAGAGAUACCAAAUCGAGCAGAUUCGCGAGCUCGAUCUCGAGGAGUUGCAGGUCGAAGAAGUCGACGAUCUCCAUGACUCUUCCGACGACGAUCACCACCACCGUAAUCCUGCUGGCUAUGACAGCGCACCGGCGGCCAGUGAACUCAUUUACAAUACUCCUAUAGUAUCCUUACAUACAUACCUUGGUGAUGUUGAAGACACGCACCACAAGGCAACUUUGUUGGAUGGUGGUGCUGUAUUGAACCUGCCACUUUUCUGUCUUGAAGGGGUUGUACUCUUUCCCGGUGCUACUCUUCCUCUGAGAAUUAUUGAAUCCAGUUUCGUGGCUGCUGUUAAGCGAGCUUUGAAUCAAAUUGACAUUCCUUACACCAUUGCUGUGAUUCGAGUUUACAGGGAUACUAGAAAUGGUAACAUGAAAUCAGCAAGCACGGGGACGACUGCAGAGAUUCGACAAUAUGGGCAUCUAGAGGAUGGUUCACUGAAUGUGGUUACUCGUGGACAGCAACGCUUUCACUUGAGACGGUCUUGGAUUGAUGUGGAAGGAGUGCCAUAUGGAGAGAUCCAAAUUAUCGAGGAAGACAUGCCAUCAAGAACUCCAAGGGAUGCUUUUGGGAAAUUAACACCUUUAAGUAAUUUACCUCGUAACCAUGCCACCUUGCUUUCAAGGGAUUCUCCUGUUGAAGUACAUGUUUUCGAAAAUGGGGGAAAUGAUUCAGAAGAGAGCUAUGAGAGUGAGAUUUCACUAAUGGAAAGGAGAAUCCAUCAAUCAGUCACUGGUUCCAGUUAUGAGCAUGACUUGAUGGACGAAUCCACAAGCAGCAGUGAUGAUAAAUUCAUGUAUGAGUCAGAUCAGGAAAUUAUAUCAAAUUUAAAUGACUCUGACGCCUUAAUAUCAUUGCUAUCUGACCAUAAUAAAGAUGCUGAAAAUCUAGAUUCUAGAAUUGGGAACUGUUCUACUUCUGGAAAACAGCCGUCCAUAAGAUACAGGCUUAAUAGCUCUUGUAAAAAUAUUGACCCCUACUCAUCACAUAGAAUUUCAAGAGCAUUCUGGCCCCAUUGGGUAUAUCAGAUGUUUGAUUCCUAUUGGCUUGCGCAAAAGGCUGCAGGUAUGUGGAAGCAAAUUGUUGGGGCACCUAGCAUGGAUGGUCUUGUUAAGAAGCCUGAUGUUUUAUCCUUUUAUAUUGCCAGUAAAAUACCUGUCUCUGAGUCAACAAGGCAGGAGCUUUUGGAUAUUGAUUGUAUCUCAUAUAGAUUGCGUAGGGAAAUUGAAUUACUAGAGAGCAUUAAUCUUGUUCGAUGCAAAAUCUGCCAGAUUAUAAUUGCAAAGCGAAGUGAUAUGUUGGUGAUGUCUAGUGAGGGUCCUCUUGGUGCCUAUGUGAAUCAAAGUGGAUAUGUGCAUGAGAUAAUGACUCUCUUCAAGACAAAUGGAUUAGCUCUCACUGGAGUAGCUGAUACAAAAUACAGCUGGUUUCCUGGGUAUUCAUGGACAGUUGCUAACUGUGCUGCAUGUGAAACCCAUAUGGGGUGGCUUUUCACGGCCACAAACAGAAAACUGAAACCUAGGUCAUUUUGGGGCCUGCGUCGCUGUCAAGUCGUGGACGAAAUGCACUAAAACCAGCAUCAAGUGCGCCGUAGUAACCACCAAGUAUGAGCUUGAUCUGUAUAGAUUCACCUAUCGCCAGUUUGCUGUGGAAAUCUACAAAUUUGUUCAUGAUGUAGUAUUAAUGAUGAUAUAGGCAUCUAUUGCUUGCCUUUUACUAUUUUACAGAACUGGUUAUAAAAGUCAAAAACAUCAUAGAUUGGUAAGGAUUAGAUUGAAUAUGUAUGUAUAGGCAUCUAUAGGCAUCUAUGAUGAUAAUAUAUGUAUGUUAGAUUAGAUUGAAAGUGAUUUAAGAGUAAUGUAUGUUUUUA